UGACACGCGUGUUUGUGUGUGUGUGUGGUUGGAAGCGUAACUUUUACGAAUAACUCUGAUCAUUUGCUUUCACAUGAGGGGAUUUUCAUCAAACAGCCAUCACCUGUGGUCCUGAACAGACAGCGGGAUGGCUGGCAAGCCGUUCCGAGCCACGUACAUCUGGACUAACAUCAUCAACAACCUUCAGAGACAGGUGGAGGUUAAGAGGAGACGACACAAUCUGAAGAUCUAUCACGAUUGUUUUUUGGGCUCUGAAGCUGUGGAUGUGGUUUUGGCUCAUAUUAUUCAGAACAAGGUCUGUGGAGAUGCCGAGGUGCCUCGAUUCAAAGCUGUCCGACUCUGCCAGGCCCUUAUGGAGGCCAGGGUGUUUGAGGCGGUGGACACCAAGGUUUUUGGGAAGGAAAAGAGACAAGCCAAGUUUGAGGACAACAGCUGUAGUCUGUACAGGUUUUUGAACAGGUCGACCCCCGGCACAUCAAGCUCAGAGACCAUAGAGAGCAGAUUUGACUCGCUUCAGAAGAACAGCUAUAGUACACCCUACCAAAGGAAAGAAGAUGCUGUGUAUUCAAACCAAUCAACGGUCAAAACUGAUAAAUCCCUGGAGGAUGUGUUAGGAAAUCUGAACAUGAACACUAUCACACCACAGUUGAUGAAUCUGGGUUUAUCGCAGGAGUUGAUAGAUGAGACAUGGAGGCAGCAGACAGUGCUGAGGCUUCUCCAGCUGAUCGAACUUCCUCUUCUGGAGAGUCUGUUAGAGGGCAGAGAGAGUCCUCGCCCACCCCUCCACAGCAUGGACAGUGACCCUGACCUCCUCUACACCAGCAGCUACAUGGACCGAGAGAUCCUAAAGGCCUUCAGUGAAGCUCAGGCAGAUGACUGGCUGUCUGCAGCUGUUGAUUGUCUGGAGUUUCUUCCAGAUCAGCUGGUGGUGGAUGUGAGCAGAGGUCUGGCCAAAUGUGCGGAGGAGACGUUGCAGUACAAGCAGCUUCUGUACGGGGUGCUCGUGCAGCACUACGGCCAGUCUGAAUACCCACCGCUGCUCAGUAACCACGUGUUUGACAUUCACUCCGGUGUGUCUGAGCUGCUUGUAAACGGGAAGCGUGAUCAAGCACUGGAGUCUCUUCAGCUGUGUCUGAAGCUUCAGGACUCACGCAGCAGAGAGGAACUCCGCAGGUUACUGCGGUUCAUGGCUCUCGCCACCAGCCCGCAAGAACUCAAACUGCACAAAGAGAUAGAGAACAGAAUGGCAGUGAAGAGGGCGUUCUCUAACGCUAUUGUGUAUGGGAUUAAACUAGCCAAAGGGAAAGUUGAUCUUCUGGUUCUUUUCAUGAUGGACAACCACCUCGACCUCUUUAAGAUUCCUGUCACAUUGCACAGACUUGUAAGUGACAGACUGACCAGUAUCGUUAAUGGAACAGAUCCAGAUCUCAUCACAGGUACAACCUACUGUCAGCGUCUUACCGGAAAAGAUUACAUAGAAACAGUUCACAAAACUACCAGAGAAGAGCUAUGGAGUUUGCUUAAAACGAUUCACGAGAACUCUAAACUUUCUGUGAAAGAGAAGCGCAGACUACUGGGACAGUUUUACAGAGGCCAUCCUGAAAUAUUUGUGCAAUAUUUUGGCAACAGAAUAUCCAGUGCUUGUUUAUAAAACCACCUUCCAUCAUACCAAGGAACUACUGUAUGAUAUGUAAAGAUUAUUUUGUAUGUAAAUAUGUAUAUUUUGUAGAAAGAAAAGCAAAACAUGUUCAGUUUUAUUUGACAAAUAUGUGCCUGUGUGUUCAUGUGCUAUAAAGGUCAAAGCUUGAUGUGUUUGAAUGAA